CCUGAGGAAAAAGUACAUUCGUUACGUAGGAUUGCGAUUUCCAAAAUGCACAAGGUGCCACGCAACGAGCACUACCAGCGCGACAUUAAGAAUAUUCUGGAGUUAAAUCGCAGCGUUUUAUUAGCGCUUGGCGUUUGGCCAAAGUUCGACGGAGAUAAGUCCAUCUGCGAAAAAAUUAACAAAUUUCUGCGAAUCUCCAUUUCAUACUUUCUUCUGUAUUUCUCCCUGGUGCCCGGCGCACUUUAUUGGAUAUUCGAGAAGAGAGCUCGCGCUCGACUUCGGACAAUUCCGAUUAUGCUCUACGGUUUUAUGUCUCUCGGCAAAUAUUACAGUUUAAUUAUAUACGAGAGUCAGAUCAGGCGCUGUUUGAAGCACCUCGAAGAGGAUUGGAGGAACGUCAAUGGCAUGAACGCGCGAAAAGUGAUGCUCGAAUCCGCGAGAACCGGGAAGCGUUUGGUUAUAAUUUCCGCGGUUUUCUUGUACAGCAGUGGGAUCACACUUCGAACAAUCUUGCCAUUGUCCAAAGGGAAAAUCGUUACUCCGGAAAACAUCACGAUCAGACCUUUACCUUAUCCGACUCAUUCUCUUCUGUUCGAUGCGCAAUCCAGUCCGAUCUACGAAGUGGUGUUUGUGAUGCAUUGUUUGUCCGGGCUAGUCACUAUGUCGAUCUCGGUGAGCAUAUGUGGUCUCAUCAUCAUCUUUGUGACGCACACCUGCGGUCAACUGAAAGUUUUGAUAGACCUGAUAAAGGAUCUAGUCGAGAAAAAACAAAGAGACGAGUACAAAGUGAACAAGAAGCUGGCUAUUAUUGUCGAUCAUCAGACACGAAUACGCAGCUUUUUGCAAUUGGUAGAGUCCACUCUUCAGCAAAUGUGUUUCAUAGAAAUAACCGGAGUCACCGUGAUAAUUUGCGUUCUAUGUUACUGCAUAUUGAUGGAAUGGGAGAAUAGUAAUGCAUUAGCGUUAUGUUCUUACUUCAUGGCACUUUCAGGCAUGAUAAUAAAUAUGCUCAUGUUUUGUUACACGGGCGAGCAGCUUAUCACACAGGCGGAGAAGGUAGCAGUUACAUCUUGUGAACUCGAGUGGUAUCGUCUUCCGGACAACAAAGCACGCGGAAUCAUUUUAGUAAUGAUUGCAUCGAAUAUGCCGACCAAGAUCACCGCUGGCAAGCUGUUUGAUUUAUCAUUCAGGACUUUUGGCGAUAUUCUUAAAACAGCUGCAGCAUAUCUUAAUGUGCUUCGAAAUGUAACCAUGUAACCUGAAUGCUCUUCUGCGAUGAAGAGCAUAAUGAACAAACAGGAAUGUUAGAUAUACAGAAAACAGAUAGUGGGGAUGCUAUAUUAAUUAAUCGACAUCUAGCUAUCAAACUAAAUGCAUGUGACAUUUUAAAACUACCAGCUAAAAUGAACUCACGAGAUAAGCGAUUGAAAGUUUGUCAUUGCUUAGAAAACAUAUUUGUAGCUGACCAUUAAAUUUAGUACCAGAUUCAUAUGUAGUAUAUAUUACUAUAAUUAGUAGAUAAUAAUACAAAGUGAAACUCAGCGGUACAGAGGAAAUAAAGUUAUAUGAAAGUUGCUUUGGAUGUACAAAGUUCUGUUUCAAUCUCUGCCUCUGCCGUAAAAUUUCUUGUCUGUUAUAAAUUCAACUCUUGAAUCAAAAUUCGAGUUUAAAAUAAAAACGAUACAG